GGCGAGUUGAGCAACUCACCUCAAGCGGCAGCGCCAGGUAGGUUUCCAGGGGUGGCAAAAAGCCGCUCCUGGUACCUUUAAGAGCCGAAUUUCCAGUUUUGAAACCUGAAAUUUGGCUUUACUACAGCAAGAGAGCACAAUUGCGCUCUUCGCACUAGUGUUCCUGCCAGCGAGGAGGGCGGCAUUUGAGGAGCAGCCUCAGGCGGCUUCCUCAUAAGUAUCGGCGCUGGUUACAACAGACCAGACAUCAAGUACAGCACCAAAUACUCUGUGGUAUGUUCAUUUAGAGAGAUAGCUAUGGCCCCUGGCAUUGUGAUGUACAGCUAGGGUUGCCACCUUUUCUGGAAAACAAUUAUAUUUUUGCAGUUCUUUCAUAUUAAUAACGUUGCCAUCAAGCAUAAUUUUUACCGGCCAGGUGACAACCCUAUGUACAGCCCUGUUCUACCUUUAUCUGUGUUUUGUAGAGAAAGUGAAUGAAAUGCCUUUGUAUUGCUUUUAUAGCUGCUUCCCUCAUUUGCUCGGUAUUGCUUUACCACACCUAAGCCUUUAUCCCUCAUUCUCCCGCAUGACUGAGGUCUCCCAAUAAAGCUAUAUUUAUAUUGUUAAAAAGACAUUCUCACACUACUUCACCACUUCAGCUUCAGGGUGGGGAUUAACAAGUGUGGGUGAAAGUAGUUCUGUCAGAUGUCUUCAAUAUCACCAGAGGAACCUGUUUCCUGUUAUGCCUGCCUCAGUGCCUCAUGUUAGUUCAUUUACACUAAAAAGAACACAUUUUGAGGCAGUUGCCUGUGUCAGCAAUGGCCGGCACUAUGCAAAGUGACUGAGGAGAGAAGCAGGGGGGUCGUGUGUGAGGCACAGUUUCGCUUGGCUGCAUUGUACCCACAAGCCUCCACCUCUCUGACCUGUGCAGCAAAAAGGAGUGUUAGAAAUGUUGUAUCUGUGAGCGGAGGCUUUAGUAGUGGCUGAGCUGCUGGGGGAGAGCCAGGAGGAGAAUAGAGCAGGGCUGGGCUGCUGCCUGUUUGUUGCCUUCUCUCCAGGGAGCUUGCAUUCAACACAAGCCAUAGCAGAUAUGGAGUCAUUGAAUCCGCAGCUGACGGAGCAGCCAUUGUUUUCUUUUUUACACAGAAACUCUGAAUGUUAAGAGAUGCUUAAACAUGGAGGAACCUCUGCCUAUGUUCUUUUCUGUGAUGAAUGAAGAGGUUUUUACCACUACUGAAUAUGAAAUGAAGGUUGGAAAUGGAAUAGUGUGUGAACUUAUUGACCCAUCUGGUGAAGUGCACACAUCAGGAGGUAAUUCCAUGACAAAAGAGGUACAGAUAUGUCCAAACCACACUACAAAGCCAACCACAGAAACGGUGCACAGGAAAACUCACAAUAUCCCUCCCCUUAUUUUAAUGUUUCCUCCAAAUGAUGCUGAUGGGAUUUAUAACACACCUUUUCAAUUUGAUAGACAAGCUCGUGCAAGGAUUUCUACUUCUCCCACCUUAAGAAGGCUAAGAAAAAACACAGCUGGGCAUUUUAUGCCAUUACAAGACAUUUUUGAUGUUACCAAGUUCCCAACCUCAAAGGAGCAAUCUGCAUUAAAUAAUUUAGCUGGACAUCUCUGGGAUAGUCCACCAUGGAGCCCCCAAAGUACAGUCUCUACAUCACCAUCCUCUUCUGAUAACCCAGAAGAGGUGUCUGUUUCUGAAAACGAUGGCGCUGAUAUUCCAAAAGACCCAGAGGAAAACAUGAAUGACGAUUGCCCAGAUGACGCCCUCUUACACAAUCAGUCGUUUGCUGUUGACCAGUUAGUGGGGAAUCCAGAGAACAUCUGCAUUAUUGGGCCCACUACAGAAAUCUAUAAGGAUGAUGAUUCUAGCAACCAAAGCACCAAGAUUAAAGAACUACAUCACUCAAGGCUGCUGGAACGAAGACGCAGUUCUGUGGUAUUAAGCUUGCCUGGCCUAGAAGUGUUUCCUGGGGAUCUUUUGGUGUCUGAUGGAGCCUCUGAUUACAUGUAUCACUCUCCAUGGGUUUCAAGUACAGAUUCCAAGAAACCAAAGUGGCCAUUUUCUAAGAAAGGAACUCUAACGAAAGGAAAGCAAAAGCAUAUGUCUGAUUUGGAAAACUGUCUGUCAAGUGUUAAGAUCCAAGACUUCACAGGGAAUGAGCUGUACAUUCUUAAGGACAAAACUUGGAAUGAAGUUAUAAGUAUGUAUACUGCAGAGAACAUAGAGAGAAUUCAGAAAUCAAACAGAAGGCGCCAAGAGUCUGUAUGGGAGCUCUUCACCUCUGAGUGCACUUACUACCUAGAUCAUUUGCUAGUUCUUAAAAAGGUGUUUUUUAAUGCACUACAGCAUUUGCAGAACAAUGACCAUUUAUUGGAUGUGGACUUGGUGAGGUUAUUUGCCAACCUUGAGGAACUAUUGCAGGAGAGCCUUCAUUUUGCUACUGGCCUACUCAACACUAUCAAAAGCAGAGAGCUAGGAUGUUCAGCUACAGUCUCUCUCCCACUAUCGGACCUGCUAACAAAGCAUUUCAAGGACAACCUCUGUCUCAGCCACCAGGUUUACUGCAUGAAUUAUACUUCAGCUGUCAUUUACCUGGAAAGCAUCAAGCAACGAGAUGACUUUACAAUCUAUCUUAAAUGGUGUGAACAACAUGAGCAGUGUAAAAGGCUGCACCUCUCAGACCUGCUAGUGGCACCUUUACACCGACUUACUCGCUACCCACUACUCCUAAAGAAUAUCUGGAAACGAAGCACUGACGCAACAGAGAAAAUCGCCAUCGUUUCCACAAAAGAUAAAGUAGAGAGCUCACUACGGGACCUUGAGGGGAAGGUAAAAUGGCUUGAUAAAUCUCAGAAAUACAAGCAACUCCAGGAGGUUAUUGUAUGGCCAUCCUUAUGGGAGAGAGACAAAAGGUUUUUCAUUCCUGAGGGCCUUAAACACCAUUUCAAAGAACCCAAUGUAGAAAGCAUGCUGUCUUCCCCAAACAGGGACCUUCUGCAUGAAGGACGUCUCAUCCUGACAGAAAGCACCAGACUUCUUGAUGUAUAUUUGUUUCUCUUUGAUGACUUUCUGCUCAUAACAAAGAUAAAGCGGAAUAAAAAGAAAUCUACAAAUGUGGAGAUUAACCAGUACCCAUCCCUCCACCCAGAGCUACAGAUGGUGACUAAGGAAGGAGGCUACUGCAAAGUAGUAGACCAGCCUAUUCCACUCGACAGAUUAAGUUUGAAAACUGUCGAUCAAUUCCAUACCACAGUGUAUGGUAUGAAGAAUGCUUUUAUGGUCCAGCAUGAGAACAGAUACCAGCAAUGCAUAGCUGCCUUCAUUCUCCAAACCCACACAGAAUCAGAGAAGAAAACGUGGAUGUCGCAGAUAGAAAUGGCUGUAUCUUGCUACACAGAAACCCACAGAUCAAAACGACUUUCAACCUUGUGGCAAACAUCGGAGUCAGCGGAAAUCUAGAUUUGCUCUUUCUGUGCCCUGCACUUUUGUUUAGGUGUCCCUUUUUUUAUUAUGUAUUGUUUAGUGUACAGUAUUUUGUAUUUCUAUCAGUGUUUCAUAGAGUUGGAGUAUAGUUUAUAUCGUUAGCAUUUUUUGGGGUUAAAAAGAACCCUCCCUAGUGUUUUGUAGAAAUAAAGACCCCAGUCUGCUCCAAA